AGGUCCUGAGCGCUCUGGAGCAGGUUUUUUACAAGGAUCUCUCUGUACUUAGAUACGUUAAUCUUUCCCUCGAUCCUGACUAGUCUCCCAGCUGCAACUGAGGUGUAGCUGCAACCAAGGUGCAGGGUUGUGCCCUAAUGAACACAACCCAGGAGAUGCCUGAGAAUUCACCAGGCAGUGCAGGAGUAUCACAGAAAGAAUACACCCUCACAAAACAACUCUGCUCCAUACAUCUGGGACCCAGUAGACCAGGUCACUUAGAGGCAGCCUUACCAUGAUAUGGUUCCUUAGAAAUCGGUAAGCUUACAGUAUUUGGUUCAGGAAGUAGGUUGUAUAUUUGUUUCAUGACUAAGCAUUGUUAGUGCUGUUUGUGUAUAUUGUUGUUGUGAUGGUUGCCAUUGACGACUGCUCUGACAUUGUUCCUGUUUGUCCACCCAUAGCGAUGGAACAAGCGCUACUGUGUGAUUUCAGAUGACAAGCUCUUUACUCCGCAGAGGAAGAGGACGAGGAGCCCAGGAAGUCCCCAGAGCUCCACACGUCAGAGGCCUGGUUCCAUGGUAGGAGGAGUGAGGGGAGGCAGACAACAGAGGCUGCUGCAGGAGUUCUGUGCUGAGUCGGGAGGCAGGGAUGGCACCUUCCUGGUCCGAGAAAGUGACAUCUUUGUGACUGACUUCACUCUCUCCUUCUGGUACGCCAGCUUGGCUGCAGCUCUACUGACAUCUUCAGUAUGUGUGUACUGUGUGUAAUACUCUGCUGUGCUGAUGUUUGUUUUUGGAGUGUUAUACUGUAGGCGCAGUGGGAGGGUCCAGCACUGUCGUGUCCGCUCUGGCUCAGAGGGAGGACACCUUCUACUUACUGACUGAUAACCUGCACUCCCCAGUGUGUACUCACUGAUCCAGCACUAUCGUGAAAUGCCUCUCCGCUGCCACGACUUUGACCUGUGCCUCACUGAGGCUGUGCCCUGGGACGGAGCCUUCCUCAUCAGACAGAGAGAGGAUGGCGACUCCUACGCCAUCACCUUCAGAGGUGAUGGGAAGGUCAAACACUGUCGUAUUCAGAAGGAUGGCUCUAUGUACAUGCUGGGAUCCACCAUUGAGUUCCAGAGCCUGGUGGAGCUGGUCAACUACUUCCGAAAGAAGCCACUGUAUCGCAAGAUCAAACUACGCUACCCUGUCACACCGGAACUGGUCAGCCGCUUCAGCACAGUGAGAGAGAGGGAUGAGGAGAGAUCGGGGGCAGCGAGAAACAAAGGGAAAGGGGGAAGGUUGGGAGAGAUGUACACUGAACAAAAAUAUAAAGGUGCUCAGCCCAGCGUAUUCAGUGAUGUCAUGCUGACAGGAAGCUGCUGUGUGUUUUCUGUCCUACAGAUCAAGCAGCAGGAGGAGGUGGAGAAGAGUGAAGAGGUCGCCAUUAAGAUGUCUGACCUGGUGGUGUACUGCCAGCCUCGCAGCAAGGAGAAGGACCACUUUGUGAAAUAUUGCUACAAAGAGAUCCGCUCCUUCGUGGAGAACAAGACCCCGGCCAAAAACAGAACUCCAGACUUCCUGAGGUAUAACCGCAAGGCCUUGAGCCGCAUCUACCCCAAGGGCCAACGUGUGGACUCAUCCAACUACGACCCUAACCCUCUGUGGGCCUGCGGCUGCCACAUGGUGGCGCUCAACUUUCAGAUUGCAGAUAAAUACUCAACUCAACAGUGCCCUCUUCAGUCCACAUACAGUCAACAGACAGAAAUGUUGUGCUCUGACAGCUAUGAUCCACAGCUGGAGAAGAGGAAAGUCAAGUUCACCCUUACUGUCAGAGUGCUAGCUGCCAGACACCUGCCGAAGCCAGGCCGUAGCAUCGCCAGCUCUUUUGUAGAGACGGAGCUGUGUGGACACACAGAGGACAAAACGUUUAAGACAGUUCUCUCUCGUGACAAUGGGCUGAACCCAGUGUGGAAGGCCCCUCCAGAGCCAGUGACUUUCCUAGUGCAUGAGCCAGAGCUCACCUUCCUGCGCUUCGUGGUGAAUGAGGAGGACAUGUUCUCAGACCCAAACUUCCUGGCUCAGGCUACCUUCCCUGUGAAGGGCAUCCACUCAGGGCACCGUUCAGUUCCUCUGAAAAAUGGUUUCAAUGACAGCAUAGAGCUAGCUUCUUUACUAGUCUACAUCAACGUGCAGCAGGUGGAGGUGAGACACACACACACACACACACUGCAUGUUGACUGGAAACAGCCUUUGAUGUGAGUUACUGGUGGUGUUUGUGUGUCUGGAUGGUGAGCCUGUGCCAUUCAGAAGCAGAGGAGCUAUACUCAUCAACUAGCCAACUGCGGAGGAGGCAGGCGGAGCUAAGCAACAAGCUUUUCCUGUACGACACCCACGCCAGCCAGCAGAGCUCCGACCCCCCACAGCUCCGCAAUGACCUCAUGAGAGUUCAGCACCAAUGAAAAACAUAGAAGAUCCAAGACACUUGCAAACAGAAGUAGGCAGAGUUAUGCUCCUUUCAUGUUACAAUAAAAUGUCAUAA